AUGGAGAGAGGUGAGAAGCCUUUUAAGGAGUUCCUUAUCAGCACAGGUAUGGCUGGAGACAAUGGACUGAACAGUGACUUUGCAAGCAAUGCCAUGGUGAAUUUGGGUUAUGGUUGCAGUGUAAGAAGCUAUCAUAGGCAACUUGGGCUCAGCGGACAUUGUCCUUUUCUCGUGCUUUCUCACCUUCAAGGCCCACCGACACCUGCCUGCCCACAGUUCGAGUUAUCCUGGCCGGCUCCUGCAAGCCCGCACUCUUCUCCGAGGCGGCUCCUCUCCGCUCAACCCGAUUCCCGCCCCCACUGCGCCUUCUUCCUGCGGUGGCCGAGGACGUGGUAUAAGGCCGCCACUUCCGAGCUUCCAAAGGGCCUUCAAACCUCAACUGCAGUGUCAGAGCCCUCCCCCCGUAUAAGAGUCAGGAGCGCCCCGGAGCCCCCAUCGGAAGCUUUGCGCCUGCCCGUGGAAAGGUUGCGAUCAGGGAAGGCCUUCGUGGCCGCUGAGUCCUCUGCUCCAGGGGCUGCGGCAGCUCUCAUAAAGAGCGGCCCUCUUCGUCCCCGCAGAAGUUAUCGUCAGAGUGCAAUUCCUUGGGGAAACAGAAGUCAUUCUGUUGAGUCCACCCAUUCUGCUGCUCUCGGGAGGGACAAGGCUGCUAGACUCCAGGCUCGCUCCCAGCCUCUCAAGAGAUACGGGCAGGCCUCUGGGGCUGAACGCCGAGACUGCGCCCCGCGGCCCGAUAGCAUUCCUGCAUCGCUUUGCGAGCCGGGAGAAGUGCGUCCCUUCUCGCUUGCCUUAGGCCUGGGAAGCGGGGACCGCACUACCGUGCAGCUGCAGAAGGGGGGAACGCACACGUGCGGCUCUCGGCUUCUCAGUGAAUACCAGAGGCUCCUGGAAAACCAACGCCAACACUACCUGGGCUAGCCUGGACAGCCCGGAGCUGCGAGCGCGAACUGACAACCGCGGAACUUGCUCAGCCUUUGACAGCUCGGUGGGAACACCUCGGUGUGUCGAGUCCGGACUCAAGGGGCGGGACGGGGCG